AAAUGAAAACGUAAUGAUUAUAUGAUUAUAACUACAUUUAGCUUUAAAAAUGAGUGUGAAUGCUCUUUGGUUUAAAGUUUUAUUAGAAAAGAAAAAGGAAUAAAGUUUUUAUUUUGUUUUGGAUGAAUCACCGACUCAUACGUUGGCGGACUGCAACUGCAGCGUGAUGACGUCAGACUCCGCGAAUUUUCUCAGCGCACGGGGACGUCACGUCAGGCGGUUCAAAGAGGAGCAAAGAUGGCGGACAACAAAGGCCAAGGGGAUACAGAGAGCCCAGCUAGCAUGGAGGUAGAACCUCCGACGACGCUUAACGGAGACGCUGUCGCUGAACAUUCCGAUAAGGCUAACGGCACAGACGCUGUCUUGAAGGACGGAGACGAUGGACAGUCCCGGGAAACCGCUCCGGAGACGCCGACACCCAGCGCCGAGAGCAGCGAGUCCGCCGCCGCCGCCGCCGCUGAUGGAGGAGGAGGAGGAGGAGGUGGAGGAGAGGCAGAAGGAGGAGGGGAAGCGAGCUCCAGCCGCAGUAGUGUUAACGUUAGCCCGGACGGGAACUCGAAUACGGAAAGCACGGAGCCCUCGCUGCCCGCGGUAGACGCCACGGCCACCGCCACUCCCGCUGCCGCAGUGGCGGGCACUUCUUCCCCCGCUCCCGGUACAGAAACGGCGCCUGGCGCUGCUGCGGCUCCGUCCGCGGUGCCACUAAACCUCCUGGAUACGUGCGCCGUGUGUAAACAGAGCCUCCAGAGCCGCGACUGCGAACCCAAACUCCUGCCAUGUCUGCACUCUUUCUGCUUAAAGUGUAUCCCUCAGCCGGAGAGGCAGAUCAGCGUGGGAGUCGCCGGUCCCCACGGGCAGGACACGCAUAUCGUGAAUGUCAUGCGGUGUACGGUGUGCUACCAGGACUACAAACAGAUCGACAUGGUGGAAAAUUACUUCGUGAAGGACACGACAGAGGCCUCUAGCACUUCGACAGAAAAAUCGACGCAGGUAUGCACCAGCUGUGAAGACAACGCCAGCGCCAUUGGUUUCUGCGUGGAGUGCGGUGAAUGGCUAUGCAAGACAUGCAUUGAAGCACACCAGAGAGUGAAAUUCACCAAGGAUCAUACAAUACGUAAAAAAGAGGAGGUCUCUCAAGAGUCAGUAGGUACAUCGGGACAGAGGACGGUCUUCUGUCCGAUCCACAAACAGGAGGCGCUCAAGCUCUUCUGUGAGACCUGCGACAAGCUGACCUGCAGAGACUGCCAGCUGCUGGAGCACAAAGAGCACAGGUACCAGUUCCUGGAGGAGGCCUUUGAGAAUCAGAAAGGAAUUAUUGAGACGUUCAUGGCCAAACUGCAUGAGAAGAGGAAUUUUGUACAGUUUUCUGCAGCUCAGGUGCAAAAUAGAUUAAAAGAGGCGGCUGAGACGCACAAGAAGGUUGAGCAUGAGAUUAAGAUUGCCGUCUUCACGCUUAUCAAUGAAAUCAACAAGAAAGGCAAAUCUCUACUUCAGCAGCUGGAGAGCGUGACGAAGGAGCGCACCGUGAAGUUGCUAAACCAGCAGCGGGACAUCAGCUCACUGGCACAGCAGAUCCUGCACGUUCUGCGCUUCACUCACUGGGCCAUCAGCAACGGCAGCAGCACCGCGUUGCUGUACAGCAAGAGAUUGAUCACGUACCAGCUGCGCUUCAUGCUUAAAGCUCGUGUUGACCCGGUGCCUCAUGCCAAUGGAGCGGUCCGCUUCUUCUGUGACCCCACCUUCUGGGCCAAGAACGUCGUAAACCUUGGAAACCUGGUGAUUGAGAAGGUGCCCCCUCCAGCCCCCCACCCUCCCAACAUGAUGGUGGGGCAGCAGAUUUCACCGGGCCACAACACAGCAGGAAAACACCCUGGGCAGAUCAACCUGGCACAGCUGCGACUGCAGCACAUGCAGCAGGCUGCUUUUGCACAGAAACAACAGCAGCAGCAACAGCAGCAUCAGCAGCAGAUGCAGCAGCAAAUGCGCAUUGCCUCGCAAAUGUCCCAGCAUCCACGGCAGGGAGGACCACCUCAGAUGAUACAGCAGCAGCCUCCAAGACUCAUCAGUAUGCAGUCGCUGCAGCGGGAGGGAGUUAACGGCGGGCCCCACAUGUACCCCCCACCCCCUCACCUGCGCAUGGCGAACUCGCAGAACCGCAUGCCUGUGGCCCAGCCCCGCCUCAAUGGCCAGCCGUAUCCCAUGAUGCAACCACAGCUCCAGAGACAGCAUUCCAACCCCGGCCACGCCGGCCCCUUCCCUGUGACAUCCCUGCACAACGUCAGUGCUGCUAACCCCACCAGUCCCACCAGCGCCAGUAUGGCCAGUGCCCAUGGGCACCGGGGGCCCACCAGCCCUGUGGUGGGCCCCAUUGAACUCAUUCCUUCAGUGACCAACCCUGAGAACCUGCCCUGCCUCCCCGACAUCCCCCCCAUUCAGUUGGAAGAUGCAGGUUCCACCAUGUUGGACAAUCUCUUAAGUCGCUACAUUUCUGCUAGCACACAACCCCCAGCUCUGGCAUCCAACAACAACCUCAACUCCUCACCGGGCCCCUCCACACACUCUCCAGGGUCAUCAGGAUUAUCAAGCUCACUCACUCCUGCACGGCCGUCCAGCUCUUCCAGCACAGGAAGUCGCGGCAGCCGAGGGUCAGCGGGCAGUUCAGGGCCUGUGAACGCAGCUCCAGAACAGGUGAAGGUCAAACAGGAGCCUGGAGCGGAGGAAGAGUGUGGAUUCUCCGGGGCCAACGUCAAGUCCGAACGGGGCAAAGAUGGCCGACGGAGCGCUUGCAUGAUGAGCAGUCCGGAGGCCAGCUUGACUCCUCCUCUCCCCGUGCUGGGUUCCGUGUCCACCGGUUCUGUGCAGGACAUUUUAAGGACAUUGGGAGAGAACAUUAAAAUGGAGCCACAGAGCGAGAACCAGCCGCCGUCCUGCAGCAGCACACAAAAGCCGAGCUCCCAAAGCAGUGCUCAUUUCACCAACGGGACCCAGACCACUCUGCUUUCCCAUCGCUCUCAGAGGAGCAGCAUCAGCGGCUCUCAGACGAACGCUAACAGCCAGUCGAACACAGAGGGAAAAGAGGACGACCCGAACGAAGACUGGUGCGCAGUGUGUCAGAACGGGGGAGAACUCCUGUGCUGCGACCGCUGCCCUAAAGUCUUCCACAUCACCUGUCAUAUUCCUACACUCCGCUCCUCACCCAGUGGAGACUGGAUGUGCACAUUUUGUAGAAGUCUGACCAACCCUGAGAUACAGUAUAAUUGCGAUGAUGAUCCUCCUAAUAAGAAAGACAAGAAUGAGCAGGGUCUGAGUCCUGAGGACCAGAGGAGAUGUGAGCGUCUGCUGCUUUAUUUAUUCUGCCAUGAAUUGAGUGUAGAGUUUCAGGAACCUGUUCCUUCUUCGGUGCCCAACUACUAUAAGAUCAUAAAGCACCCCAUGGACCUGAAUCUGGUGAAGAGGAAACUGCAGCUGAAGCACCCGCAGCACUACCAGAGCCCCAAAGAGUUUGUGUACGACGUCCGUCUCGUAUUCAGCAACUGUGCCAAGUACAACGAGAUGUCUCGAAUAAUCCAGGUAUAUGAUGAGGAGAAACAGAGUAAUGUGCAGGCUGACUCGGAGGUCGCCGAGGCAGGGAGGGCCGUGAGUCUGUACUUUGAGGAAAAGCUGGCUUUGAUCUUUCCUGACCAGAGUUUCCCAGUGGAACCGGAGAAGAGAUCCCGGGACGAGGACACCGCCGAGGAAGCAGCAGCGGACUCGGAUGACGAGUUUGUGCAUCCGAAGCGGAAGCGAUUAAAACCCGAAGAAAAGCCUGUGCACAUAAAGUGAAGAGGAUCCUGCAGGACAUAGGAGCUGCAAAACCAGUGUUUUUUUGUCUUCCUCACAAUCUCUCGCGCAUUCUGCUCUGAUUGACUCAUGCUGGACUCGAUGGUAUCCAGAGCACACGUUCCUGUCCUGCUUACUACGAAGGUUUAUUGUAAAUAAGUAUGAACUAUGAAACAUGAGUCUUAAUGUUUCUUUCUUUUUUUUUGGGAGAUGUCAUCAGAUGAGUUGGAUUUUGUCUCUAGUCUUUGUCUCACCAGAAGGUGCUGACAAGGACCAAAAAAAACUUGUAUUUAAACCUGGGUUUGGACUUAAGUAAACAAUUGUUUUUCUUUUCCUUUUUUUUUUUUUUUUAAAAAAGAAUAUCAUAUAUGACCACAUUUGUAAAUCUGUUGUGAUUUAUGCUUUAUAAAAGGACUGAAACUCCCAUCUACUCGUCUUGCUGUAUAAUACAUUUAUGGCUUAUCUGCUCCUUGUAUACGUGCAUUUGUUCUGUUGCAGUUUUGUGCUCUUCUGUAAAUAAUUCAUCUCAGUUUGAGAGGUUGAUAAAUGGUCAUUUUCCCUCCCCCAAUAAAACAGUCACCACUGUA